AUGAUUAAUUUUACCUUUAUAAUCAUUAUAUUAACUUUGAUUGUAAAUUCAUAGGAUUUACCAAUUGUUAAAAUAUACAUCGAAGCUCUUUGUCCUGAAACAUAAACAUCAAUGAAAAUGAUAUCUGAUUAAACCAUAAAUUCAUUAGAUUAAAUAGCCAAAGUUGAAUUUAUACCUGCUGGAGAAAGAAAUUUAGAAAAGCAUGAACCAAAUACUUAUAUAUUACUAAUUGUUCGUUUGAUGAAUUAGAAUGUUAUGGAAAUAUGAUUUUAGCAUGUGGUCUUGAAUUAUAAAAAGAUUAAGUUUAGAGUACUAAAUUUGUGGGAUGUUUCUUUAAUCAAAAUAUUUCAUAAGAUUUUGACGAAUAAAUUGAGAAAUAUUUU